GAGGAGUGAUUGCACCGCUCAAUGUGAGAGAUUUUCUGUUUUCAUCGUCACACAGAGAGCUUCCAAAUCUUCAUGAAGGUGAUCAUGGCACAAAAAAUUGCCAAGUCUUCGAUGCUUGUUCGCGUGAUUUGUCUCUCUUUGCACUCUCCCACCUGCCGCUCUCGCGAUCUCAAAGUGCCGAUGGGUGGUGGGACAAUUUUCGCAAAGCCUGCAAUCACCGCGAUAUACCUCUGGACAGAUAGUCUCCAUCCGCCGCUCGAUCGCGAGGAGUCACAAUUCGCGCUAACCACCCAAACAGAGUGGUUGUUAAUUAACCGUCACCUCUUACACGACUCAACCGUGAUUUGGUGCUUAAAUUUUACUGAAUAUUGAAUAAUCGUGUCUUUUGCGGGCUUUUUGCUCCCCCUCGUGAAAAACUCUUAUAAAGUUUGUAAUCAAAAAUAAGAAAAAAUCUCAACUAUUUCCCUGAGAAUUUACAACAAAAAAUAUUAGUGAUUAAAUCCGUGUAAUGUUGCAUGAGAGCCAGCAGUGUUGUAGAAUUCCUCACUGAAACAACACAUUUCCUCUCCUUACAAUUGAGACACUUGCGGAAACUUUCUGAGACAUAACUCAGCGAGUAGAGUGAAUCCCACUUAGAGAUUAUCACAGUUAAAUAUUCAUCAACUUUAGUGAUUUGUACAUGCCAAUAGAGACACUGAUGUGAGCGAUUACCUUGGGGGGCAAUUUAAAUUCAAACAAAACCCAGAGAAAAGUGCAAUGGAAGAGAGAAAAGUUAGUAAGUUUCGGAUGUACCUACCGCAGAUCUUAGCGAGUACAGCUAAGAAUCUGCUUAUACUGGAUAUUGGAUUAGCCGUGGCAUUCCCAACAAUCGCCAUCCCACCACUCCUCGGGACUGUUGAGAGCAAAGAGGAGGAAAUUUUCCAUUUUACCGCCGAACAAGCUUCUUGGUUUGGAUCAUUGGCAUUCAUUUUUACGCCAAUUGGGAGCAUCCUAUCAGGAUGGGUGACUGAACCCAUUGGCAGGAAGAAUGCCAUGAUUUUAGUUAAUUUACCCCACAUUGCAGCCUGGCUUAUCCUCCACUAUGCAACAUCUGUGCAGCAAAUGUACUUGGCGGCAGUUCUCCUGGGAUUAGGAACGGGUUUUAUGGAAGCUCCUGUGGUUACAUACGUGGGAGAGAUAUGUCAACCAGCAAUUCGAGGAAUCUUAACUUCCUGCGCAGGAGUAGCAGCAACUCUUGGCUUCUUCCUAGGAUACCUUCUAGGAACUCUGGUUUCAUGGCGCGAAGUUGCUCUGAUCUGCCUCACAAUUCCCGUCUUUACUGUCGUUGCAAUUUGCUUCGUACCGGAAACGCCCCUUUGGCUCCUGUCGCGUGGACGAGAGAAACAAGCCAUGAAAUCCUUGCAAUGGCUCAGGGGGUGGGUUGAUUCAGGAAUUGUUGAGAAGGAAUUUCUGGAACUGCAGCGCUACAGCAUCAAUAGCAGUCGGUGCAACCCGUGUCAGAAGGCGGAUCUAACGUGCACCCAUCCUCCACCAACUUUAAUUGAAAAGAUGAAAGAACUCAUCCGGAAGAGAACCUUGAAGCCCAUGUUCAUUGUAACCAUGUUCUUCUUCUUCUGCCAAUUCAGUGGAAUGUCUGGAAUGCGUCCGUACAUUGUGCAGAUUUUCCAAGCCUAUGGGGCUCCUGUUGACCCAAAUUGGGCCACAGUUGUGACGGGAUUGCUUAAAUUCCUGGCAAACAUUGUUUGCAUGAUUGGUGUGAAGUUCAUUGGAAAACGCCUCAUUACUCUGGUAUCGAUAGCUGGGACAGCUUUCUGCUGCAUUGCCAUUGGUUUCUAUGCUAAUGCUGUUCUCCCACCUGGAUGGAGUUCCUUCGAUAAGCACACAGAAGUUCCUGGCGAUGGAACGUUCCCCAUGGUAAUGAUCUACAUGCUUUCAUUUAUCACGAGUGUUGGAAUGAUUCCUGUUCCAUGGAUGCUGCUCAGUGAGGUCUUUCCAUUCAAAGCUCGAGCUACAUCUGCUGGCAUUGUGGCAGCUUUGUGCUACAUAAUGAUUUUCAUUUCAACCAAAACGUACUUAAACCUCGAACGUAGCCUAGGUUUGGACGGGACGAUAUGGUUCUAUGGGGCAAUAGCUGUUGUAGGCUUCCUUUUCUUCUACUUUUUCCUACCAGAGACUGAAAAUCGAUCUCUCGAAGACAUUGAAAUUCACUUUUCCACCCAAAAGCUCACAAAUAUCAACAUUAAACAGAAAUCUCCCGAAACCACUGAUGAGAAGGUUGAACAGAGUAUUGAAAAUGGGCUGAAUGGCUGUGACAAUAAAGCCUUUACAGAAAAAUACUAGUUUAUAAGAAGUAAAAGUGUGACAAAAUAUGAAAAAAAGAAUAGUGAAAAGAAAAAAUAGUAGAAAUUUACAUAAAUAAAAUUUCAUCUUUAUUUUCUUUGUACAAAAUAAAAUAUUAGAGAGAAACAUUGUACGACGUGCAAAUAAAUUAUUUGCAUUUAGUUUUGAUUAUAUAUAAUGUAUGUAAAAUGGAAGAGAUACUAUGUAUGAAAAUAUAAAACCGGAAAUAUGAGACAUCAA